AUAAUUAUUCAAAUUAUAAACAGAAGGAUUGAGUUCACAUGAGUGUUAGCUGAUCAUCCACCUCUAUCUCACCUUAAGUUCUUCUUCUUCUUCUUCAGUCUUUGAGGCCUGUACGUGAUAAUGGCAGAUCAAGUUAUUCUACUGAAUUCCUCGAUGAGCGCGUUUGGGAUGAGGGUAAGAAUUGCGUUGAUUGAGAAGGGGAUCAAGUAUGAGGACAGUGAGGAAGACUUGAACAACAAGAGCGAUCUGCUUCUCAAAAUGAACCCGGUUCACAAGAAGAUCCCAACUCUAAUUCACAAGGGGAAAUCGGUUUGUGAAUCCCUCAUCAUUGUUCAGUACAUAGAUGAGGUUUGGAAUGAUAGGUCUCCAUUGCUGCCCUCCGAUCCUUACCAGAGAGCGCAAGCUAGGUUCUGGGCUGAUUUUGUCGAUAAGAAGGUGUUUGAGAUUACAAAGAGAAUACUAUGGAGCAGAAAAGGAGAAGAACAGGAGGCAGCAAAUAAGGAGUUCUUUGAGACCUUCGAGAUAUUGGAGGGGGAGCUGGGAGACGGACCUUAUUUUCAGGCUGAAACAUUUGGAUUUGUUGACAUUUCUCUCAUUACUCUCUGCAGUUGGUUCCAUGUCUUGGAGAUGUUUGGAAAAUUCAGCAUGGAGGCUAAGUUUCCCAAGAUUAUUGCAUGGGAAAAGAGGUGCACGCAGAGGGAGAGUGUCGCCAAUAGUCUUCCUGAUCCGAAGAAGGUCUAUGAGUUUGUGAUGGAGAGGAGGAAGGGGCAUGGCCUGGAAUAGAUUAUUGUUUUGGCCAAUUAGAGUGUUGAAGUAGUGCAUGUUUGCAUGGUUAUGGUCUGGUUAUGUCAAAAGAGGCAUGGAACGUGGAUUAUCUUUGAAUAAGUACGCUAAAUAUUACAUGAGAUUGUUGCUUUCUAACAAAGGAA